AUGAGAAGAUUCGUGAGACUCACUCCCAGAUCUGACACCCAUUUGAAUGACACGUUCCCACCGUUGCUGAGGACUGACAGCAACCGAAUGGACCACACGGCACUGUCAGACUUGCGGCAGGUAUUGGCUAAAGUUCUGGACGAGAACCCACUGCAGGCCACCAAUCAAUGCCUACAACCGCUGCAAACCUCUCAUUUGGCCGCAGAACAGGUGAUGGACGCCAUCCAUGAACUGCAGGCCUGGGUUUGUACCGACGGACUCCUGAAUCGCAAUACUUUAUGUUUGCCGAUAGAUAAUCCAAUUCGAGAGCCGCUAAUGAAGGCAAUGGAAUCGUUCGCUAAAUACGGACCGCAGAAGGUAUCCAAAUGGGAACCAGUGGUCCGGGACAUCCUUCUGCGGGAUCACAUAAGACAACGAAACAAAUUAGCCGUCCCUUCCCGCAAAGAAGUCGAGUCACUCUCCAUAUUCACGUCACCCUCGGUUUGCGAGUCACCCUCGUUAUCGAUAUUCAAGUCACCCCCGGUUCGCAAGUCGUCCUCGUUAUUCAGUUGUACACGUCAAUUGGGGUCGUCCGGGGGAUCCGUUUCCAUCGACACGGGGUUAGGGCUGUCGGUGUCGCCCUCGCAUUGGAACAUCAGUGCCGCCAACGACUGGAACUGGAGAUCAGAGACAGACAUCAAUGCGUUAUAA